CCCAAUCCAAUAGAUUUGGAUAACACCAUUUUUGACUUUGAUGUUCAUCCUUCUGAAGAUUUGGUUAUUUCUGGUUUGAUUAAUGGCAAACUCAAUUGUCAUCGAUAUGGUUUAGAACAACACAAUGUACUUUGGUCUUGCAAACCUUUUAAAAAGUCUUGUCGUGGUGUCACAUUUACUCUCGAUGGAUCACAUGCUUUUGGUAUCUCAAAAGAUCGUAGUAUACAAUAUUUGGAUAUAAACAAUGGAACAGUUCUUGAACAUAAAGAACAGACUCAUGAUCAUCCUUUGAAUGCGCUAUUGUGCUUGAACGAACAUAUGCUUGCUACUGGAGACGAUCAAGGUGUUAUCAAGUUAUGGGAUAAUCGAAAAAAGGAUGCUGUCAUGACAGGGGAUGGAUACCUAUCUACUUGGGAUAUUAGAAAACCUGAUGUUGCUGCCAUGUCAGAUCAUAUGGAAGAUGAAUUAUUAUCUAUCGCUUUGGUCAAGAACAACAAAAAGGCUGUAGUUGGAUCUCAGGAAGGUAUUCUUAGUUUAUGGAAUUGGGGUGAUUGGGGUGACUACAAAGAUCGUAUUGUUGGCCAUCCAAAUUCUAUAGAUGCUAUUUGUAAACUGGACGAAGAUACCAUCUGCACUGGUAGUAGUGAUGGGAUCAUCCGA